AUGGAUAACAGGGAGAACCUCUGGACCCGCCGCUCCAACACCAGCAAGCUCUCACUGUCCACCGCCCAGUCCGACCCCCCAACCGACCACGCUCCCACGCGCACAUUCUCCGCUACCGCAAAGCGCUUUGGUGGCGACACCUCAUCACACGGCGGCCGCAAUCCCUUCAACGCCAUCUCGCCCUUGACACCGGGCGCGCUCGCCUCGCCCACCACCGGCGGCUCUUCCGCCUUCGGCCUCGGCUCAGGCGCCUUUGCGUCUUUUGGGUCUGCCAACAAGACGCCCAAGACACCGGGCACCGCCUUUGACUUCAAGGCCGCCGCAACACCUGCCGCAGCACCUACAACGCCGGCCGAGCGGAAGCCACCGAGCAAAGUUGGAAACAGCGCCCGCAAAGAGCCUGUCUCUACGCCUGCGCCACAGGACUCUACACCCAUGUCGUCAGAACCGCUGGAUCCUAGCGCGCCGUGGCCGCUCAAGUACACAUGGGUCGUCUGGUUCCGCCCACCCACGCCCAAGAACAACGAUUAUGAAAAGUCGAUGAAAGCGCUGUGUAGGAUGAGCACCGCUCAGGACUUUUGGAAGGUCUUUGUGCAUCUCAAGCGGCCCUCGUCUCUACCCACUGUUUCGGAUUACCACGUGUUCAAGGAAGGCAUCCGGCCUGUGUGGGAGGACGAGGAGAACAAGCGCGGCGGCAAGUGGAUCAUGCGCCUGAAAAAGGGCGUUGCAGACCGCUACUGGGAGGAACUGCUCAUGGCAUGCAUUGGCGACCAGUUCAACGAGGCCGGAGAGGAAGUCUGCGGCUUCGUACUUAGCGUCCGAAGCGGCGAGGAUGUCUUCAGCAUCUGGACUAAGAACGACGGCGGCCGCAACAUCAAGAUCAGGGAAACGGUCAAGCGCGUACUGGGCCUUCCUGAGGGAACCCAAAUCAUCUGGCGCAGUCACGAUGACAGCAUUGCGCAACGCACUGCCAUUGACCAGGCGCGCCAGGAAAAGAGCCACCUCAACCACGAGAAGCGCAGAGUGACGUCGUCGGAUGAGUCGCAGCGGGAGAAAUCCACAGCUGGGUCUUAA